AUGAAUAAAUCAUUGCUUCAGUCACCAAUCAAACAAUAACAUCGAAAGAUUGUUUCUUAACAGUAAAGUAGCAGACCAUUAAGAUUCUUUGAUAAAUUUUCAUUGUUCACCAAACAUAGAAUACCAUUGAUUGAGGAGACUCCAUAAAGAAGUGAACGAUAAUCAAGAAGAUUGAAUAAGUACUUUUCAGCAACGAUGAGAAAUUCUAGCUGCAAUUGUAUCAAUUGUGGUAAGAACAAUUCAUUUAUACAAAAGACUUUUCAAUUAUUUACCUUUGAAAGCAAGUAAAUUGAAUUAAUUUUAUAUACAACUUAGCUUUAAUAGAAGAAAGAGACUAUACAAAAAGUUCAGAAAGUAUGUUCAUUGUGUUCAAUUCAUUAUUAGAUAUAAGAUUGUCUAAAAAAUAAGAGAUAGAUAAAGAAAUAAAAUGAAGAAAGCAAUCAAUUAGAAUGUUCAUAUACAUAAACCUUCUGCUGUUGCCAAUUUACUUGCUGAAGGAAUUAAGUAAUUGUUUUUAGUUGGAGUAAAGGUAAUUGAAACAAUAACACCAUGUUGAAGUUUUGAAUGAACAUGAUUCAGAUGAAGAGUUUUAUCAUUUUAAACCCAAGAUACUUUUGAAUCGUAAGUCCUUAGCACAUUUCUUAUCUUCUCCAAAGGGAUAAAAAAAAUUGGAAAGAGUCUACUAUGUGAAAUAAGCUAAUAGACCUAUUAGUUAAUAUAUUGCAAAUCGUUCAAAACCAUCUACUACCCAAUGUUCUCCAAAAUCUAUCUUGCCUUAAUUGAGUUCAUUGUAUGAUUUCAAAAACUCAAUCUCGGUCAGACAUAUGAAAAAAUUCUGA